GGGUCACUGAGAAAAAAAAAAUGAGGCUGGAGGGUCACGUGAUCUUCAUGGAGCACAGGCACAGGGAACCAGACUGGCCCCGGACAGAGUCUGGAAACCAGGGGCUAGGGAGAUGGAAAUGUGAGAGAGCAAGGUGGAAAACAGGAGGCUAGGACUCGAAAUCAAGUUCCCGGAGUGCAAUGAGCGCCAGACUUGGGGACCUUGGGAACGUGGAGGAGGUCCCUCGUGCUAGGACCCUGUGGAAGAGGGAGAACCAGGGAGCCCCGGGGCGGUAACGGGAUCUCCCCGUCCUGGGCCUCCAAGGCUUCGAGCUGAGCUGAGCGCCCGCGGGCUGCUUCCUCCCACAGGAAACCGCAGGCUUCGGGCACACCCAGCCGGCAGGGAGCGGCGCCCACUACCCGCCCGCUCCGGGGAGGCCCACGUGGGCAGCAGCCUGCCGCGCGGGCGGCCCGCCUGCCGAGCGAAGGGGGCGUGGCCAGGAGGGGCGUGGCCGGAAAAGCGGGGGCGGCCCGAAGAGCCCGAGGCCCCGCCCACUCCCGCCACUCAGGGCGCGGACCCACAAGAAGUUUUUGGCGGCUUUGCUGCAGGCAGUUGGCCGCGCAUGCGUAGUGAGUCACUGCAAGGACCUGCGUCAGUGGUGAACGUUCCUCCCUCUCUCCACUCCCGGCAUCGGCACCGUCUUCCUGCUAAUGACUCUUCAAACAACGUGGUCUUGACUUAAGACACGCAUCUCUCGGGCCUCGUCCCGAAAGACCUGGGCCUAGCUCCAAAGCCUUCCAGACGUUUCCCUCCCAGUCCUGGCUCCAUAGGGUCUUUCAGCUUCUGCCUCUCCCUUCCGAAAGCACAGCCCGCCGCUCACAGUCCCUCGCUCUCGGGAGGCGCCGGGUCCCUUAACGAGUACUUCUAGCCACGCCCCUCGCAAGUCCGUGAAACUACGGCCUCGGCAGUAACCAGGCCACAACAGUGAGCUUGGAGAACCAAGGACAGGUCAGGCACUCCAGCAGGUAGGGACAGGGCUCGCUCCCCACAGCCGGCCGGGGUUUCCUUCUCCUCCGUGUCUCCUUCCCCCAAACAGCCACGCCUCAGAGAUACCGAGAGCCCAGGGGACCUGCCCCCGUGCCAGAGUCAGAGUGGAAACACAAGACAGAGAAUAUGAGAGGUGGGAGGUCGGGAGGGAUGUGGGGAGAGGCCUGAGAGGUGCUCCCCUACAACUCAUUGGAGGCAUUGAGACUCAAAGAGAGGCCAGAGUUGGUUCCGGGGUCACCAUCCAAUUGCCUCGCGGUCCGUCCCCACCCUCUUUCCGGCGCCCUCCUGCUCUCUGUCUGAAGGGGUUCCUGUGUCACCCCCACAGGAGCCCCCCCCCCCACCUUUGGCCAAGAUGUCUUUGGGACUCUCUGCAGGGAGCACCCGCUCCGAGGAUGGAACCGAGGCCUUCCUGGAAGGAACGGCGGAUUGGGAGCUGAGCCGACUGCGACGGCAGUGCAAAGUGAUGGAGGGAGAGAGGCGGGCUUACAGCAAGGAGGUCCACCAGCGCAUCAACAAGCAACUUGAGGAGAUCCAGCGCCUGGAGGGGGUGCGGGAUAAACUUCAGGUGCAGAUCCGCGUGGCCCAGAGCCAGGUCAAGCGGCUGCGGGACAGCGAGAGGCUGGAGAACACUGGUCAUCUGCUGAAGUGUCGGGUCCGGGUGCAGGCCGAGGUCAAGGAGCUACAGGAACAGACCAGAGCCCUGGACAAGCAGAUCCAGGAGUGGGAGACCCGGAUCUUUAACCACAGUAAGGAUAUCAAGGCCCCGGGACUCGUCCUGGAUCAGAAGGUCAAGAUCCGGCGAAGGAUCAAGAUCCUGGAAGACCAGUUGGACAGGGUCACCUGUCGCUUUGACAUCCAGCUGGUGCGGAAUGCGGCCCUGCGGGAAGAGCUGGAUCUCCUGCGCAUUGAGAGGAACCGCUAUCUGAACAUAGACCAUAAGCUGCAGAAGGAAAUCAGCGCCCUGCGACGCACGGUCAGCGCCCUAAUGGUCUCUUCUGCGGCCGCCUACACCGUCAGGGAGGAGGCAAAGACCAAGCUGGGCCUGCUGCGGGAGAGGGCGGAUAAGGAGGUGGCCCAGAACGACACGGAGCUGCAGACCCUGCAGCGGCACAUAGCGCACCUGGACCAGUUCCACCACUUCCUCAAGCUCAAGAACGACGAGCGGCAGCUGGACCCCGCCGUCGUGGAGAAGCGCGAGAAGCGGGCCCGGGAGGUGGCCGAAGGCCUCCGGAAGACGUCCCAGGAGAAGCUGGUGCUGCACUGCGAAGACGCCAUGAACAAACUGUCCCAGCUGACUGGGGAGAGCGACCCGGACGUGCUGGUGGAGAGGUACCUGGAGAGGGAGGGGCGCAACUUCGCGGAGUUCACCUUCAUCAACGAGCAGAACUCGGAACUGGAGCGCCUGCGGGAGGAGAUCAAGGAGUUGCAGGAGACCUUGGCGAGCACCCGCCAGAGCGAGGAUAAACUUCGCGAGCAACGAGACCAGCGGCGAAGGGCCCUGCAGCAGCGAACCGACGAGGUGCGCGCGGAGGCCGACCAGGUGGAGGCCCGCUUCCAGGACCUUCGGGGGCAGCUGGAGAAGCUCAAGGCCGGCAUCCAGCAGCUCUUCACCAGGGCCCAGUGUGACAACACCAUCAUCAAGGACCUCCUGGGGGUCAAGACCCACAUGAGAGACCGGGACAUCGGCCUUUUCCUGGGCCUCAUCGAGAAGCGGCUGGUUGAUCUCUUGACGGUGCAGGCCUUCGUAGAUGUCCGGGUGGAGACCCCCACCCCCUCCAGCUUGGCUAACGCUGCCCUCCUGGUUCUGGGCCAGAGCCCUGAGGAUCUUCCAAAGAAGCUGGCCCCGCCGCAGCUCCCUGACAAUCCGGACGACCUCCCAGGCUUCGAGGCCAAAGACGACUAUCCCAUGAGCAAGGAAGAGCUGCGCAGCCAAGUGACACAGAUGCUCGAGGCGCAGGAGCAGCAAGAGAAGGAAUUAGCCGAGGCCUUGAGGAAGGUCAACAGCAACCUGAGCGUCCCCAGCCUCCCCAGCAUCCAGAGGGUCAGCUCGGGCUCACCCCUGACGACCGCCAAGAGCCCCAGCGGGGUCCCCGGGUCCAUCCUGAGCCAGAGGACUAGUGGCGUCCUGGCAUCCAGUGGAGACCGCACCACGAGCACCAACGUCGGCCGCGUCGCCUUGGGAGACCCCGGCUCCAGCGCGGGCCGCGUGACCUUCGGUUCCGCCAGCGCCGUGGGGGCGCCCGUGUCUAGCCGGGGCUCGACUGGGGGCCGCGUGACCUUCAGAACGCCCAGCUCUAGUAGCUACCUGGGCUCCACCGGAUACUUGAGGUCCAGCGGAGGCCAGGACAGCCCCGUGGGUGCGGAGAGCAGGGGCACCGAGUCAGAGUCAAGUGCAGGCCUCGGGACCAGCACCAGCAAAGACUAGCGGCCUGCACCCACCCCCCCUUGCCCUUGGCUCCCUGCAGGCCCUUCUCUGCCUUGAGAUUUCCCCGCGACCCUCCUGGUUCCAGGCCCUCUGUGAGUCUUUGCUCCGCAUCUGUCUGCCCCUGCCCUUCCCGUCGUCCCUGUGCCCAUCCCCUGGUUGUCGUCUCCUCAGCGAUGUCUCCUGGUCCCUUUCUCUCUUUCCAGACCCCGCCCCCCCCCCCAUUUCCCUUCCCGUCUCCCCAUUUCCUGUCGUCUUGGCUUCCCAUUCAGUGUGUGUUUCUGUCUCCUGUCCACAUCUCUGCCCCCAUCACUGCUGGUCCCCCGCCUCCCCCGUCCUGUGUCUGCUUCCCCGCUUGUAAUUCCCUCUCCUGUCUCUACCUGCCGGGCUCUCCUUGUGCCUCAUGACCCCGUCUCUGCAGCUCCUCGUUCCUCGCCCUCCCCCCAGAGCCCCCAGGACUGCCCCCCCCCCCAGGACUGGGCAGCAGGGGAAGACUUGGAGGAAAGAUGUCAGCAUGAGCUGCGACCCUAGAAAAUAAAGGUCAGAGCCUGUUACCCCAGCCCAGUUACAGGUGUAUAUGUGGGCGACCAGGCUGGACACAUGGCAGUUCCCUUUACCUCUGGCCCAGGGGGAAAUGUAUGACCUUUGUCCCUACUCCCUGCAAUUCAUUCAUUCUUAUUUAUUUAUUUAUUUAUUUAAUCUAUCUGUCUAUUUAUUUUUGAGACCUCCACAUUUCAGGCUCUACUGAGAACUGGGAUGUAUCAGUCAGGAUGGGCUGGGUUAUGCCGCAGUAACAAACACCCCCCCCCCCCCCCCCCCAGGAUCUCAGUGGCCUGAUACUGCAAAGGCUUAUUACUUGCUGGUGUUCCUGGUCUUUUGUGGGUCCCCUAAGGGCUCUCCUCUGCGUCACCUUUGUGACCCAGGCCGGCGGCACAGCAUCCGCCUGGAGCAUUGCUAAUUCUUUGGCCCUGGGAAACAGAACGUGGUGAGGCUGACAAAGUUCUUACAGCUUCUGUCUGGAUAUGAUCCGUGUCACUGGACUUGCAUUUAUUGACCCAAGCAGGUCAUAUCAUGAUGUGUGACUUCAAAAAAAUUUUUUUUCUUAAUGUUUGUUAAGUUUUGAGAGACAGGGUUAGAGACAGAGAGGGAGAGAGAGAGAGCACGAGUGGGUGAGGGUUAGAGAGAGAGGGAGACACAGAAUCGGAAGCAGGCUCCAGGCCCUGAGCUGUCAGCACAGAGCCCGAUGUGGGGCUCAAACCCACGAGCUGUGAGAUCGUGACCUGAGCCGAAGUUGGACGCUUAACCGACGGAGCCACCCAGGCGCCCCCGAUGAUGUGGAACUUCAAAGAAGGGUGGGAAAUGCAAUCUGUCCAUGUGUCUGGAAGGAGAGAGAGAAAGAAGAAUAUUUGUGGACAGCCCUAAUGCCUGCCGCAUGGCCCCAGAGAUCGAGCAGACUGUCUCCCUUCCUGCUGGGGUUGGGGAGGUGGUUUGGGAAGGAGAGGGUUAGAACACCACGGGUCACUCUUUCUGGCCGUCGAGUCCUGCUGAAUGCCCUGUCUAAAUUUAAUCUAAAUCCAGACUGAAGAUUAAAAUUGGCAUAGUUUCUCAUUUGUUCAGAUAACCCAGUCUUCCCCUCCCAACAUCCUGCCCUAUAACCUGGUGAGGCCUACCCGUCGGUAAAUAUUUAACAACUCGGGGCACUGGGGGCUCAGUUGGUUGAGUGCCCAACUCUCGGAUUUCGGCUCAGGUCAUGAUCUCAUGGUUCGUGGGUCCGAGCCCCGCGAUGGGCUCUGCAUUGACGGUGAGGCUCCUGCUUGGGAUUCUCUCUCUCCCUCUCUCUGCCCCUCUCUGCCCUCAAAAUAAAUAAACUUAGAACAAAGUGGAA